CUGAAUAAUUUUUCGAAGCACGCCACUGUAUCGCGAGGUAUGCUUCGUUGGCUAUAUUUUGCAACGUGUACCUACGGGAACGGAGAUGGAAAUGCUUCCUUUUAGUGUAAGUCGAGACUUUUAGUGAGAAGGCGCAGUUUGCGGUACUCCGUACCGCCACGCGACCGAUCAUGGAUAAAAAGAGACCACUCACUGAACGAGAGCUGAAAGAGAUCGUCGACAAUUUCUCUGAUUUCGAUGAGGAUAUAGUAGACUUUGCAGAUGAAAGCGAAGGAGAAGAAGAAGUUAUUCAGUAUAAUGUUUACGACAGCGAAUCUGAGCAAUCUGCCGUUGAGGACUCGAACUAUACACACGAAUUGGAGAAUCAAGGAGAUGAGUUCUUUUACAUUGGAAAGGACGAAGAGAAUGUUUGGAAAAGUACUCCUGUGAGUUUUACCAGUAAAACUAGGUCUAAAAAUAUAAUCAAGAUAUUACCAGGUUCAAAAGGAGCUGCGAAAACUGUGUCAAAUCAUUUAGAGUCAUUUUAUAUAUUUAUUUCCAAUGAGAUGAUUGACAAUAUCGUAACAUGCACAAAUUUAUUAUAUACAGAAAAUAAAAAACAAAAUUUUGCAAGAGAUAGAGAUUGCAAAAUAACUUCGUCCACGGAGAUCCAGGCAUUAUUCGGCGCGUUAUAUAUAAUUGCAGUAAAGAAAGGAAAUCGUGUAGAUGUGCGAGAACUGUGGAGUACAGAUGGAACUGGAAUUAUUAGACUUCGGGCUGCUUUUAGUUACAGAAAAUUUUUAUUCCUGUUACGUGCUUUACGAUUUGACAAUAUCAACACCAGGAAAGAACUCCAAAAUAUAGAUAAAUUAGCUGCAAUACGGGAUAUUUACUCCGAUUUUGUAAAGAAUUGUAUGAAUAAUUACAUCCCUGGGGAAUUCAUUACCAUUGAUGAAAUGCUUCAUCCGUUUCGGGGGCGAUGUGGGUUCGGGCAAUAAAAAGGAAAUUCCCCCGGAAUUCCUUCCGAAUAAAGCACGAAUAGUUGGUUCUUCAUUAUUCGGAUUUCAGGACGAAAUUAAUUUGGUAUCUUACGUACCCAAAAAGAAUAAGGCUGUGAUAAUUCUUUCUUCUGUUGAUGACAAAGGAGAGCUUGACAAGGCAACAAAUAAGCCAACCAUCAUUUUGGAUUAUAACAGGACGAAGAGUGGUGUCGAUACUGUCGAUCAAAAAUGUGCCUCUUAUACAACCCAGAGAACCACUAGACGAUGGCCCCUUGCAAUAUUUUUCCGCACUCUUGAUAUUACUGGGAUAAAUGCUGAAAUUGGAUUCAAUAAUACUAAACCUACAGAAGAGUCUCCUAGAAGACGAAAAUUCUUAAACGAAUUAGGCGUGUCUCUAAUGGAACAUCAUAUGGCGGAACGAGCGAAAAUAAUUACAUUUCCAAAAGACAUUAGAGAAUUUCUUUCGCGAUACCAAACUACUGUUGAUGAGGUACCUGCAAUAAAGCAAAAUGGUAGUGGACGUUGUCAUGUUUGUAGUGCGCAUAAAAAUAAUAAAACUACUGCUAGAUGUGACUCACGUUAUCAGUUUGUAUGUAAAAGCCAUUGCAAAAAAACAGUUCAAUGUGAUACUUGUUUGUAUACCCCGAUGUAGGAAGACUGAUUUAUUUUAGAAUUAAGUCUCUUGGUGGCUACGUUACCAUUUUCACUUUAAAAAUUCAGUGUUUAUCUUUUAUGUUCGCUAUAG